GCUGUAUUUAACACACCUGAGCAUGAUGUUGGGCAGGAAAAGUGGACUCGUGUGCAAGCCAACAUGGUCCUGAGGCUCCUGUGUGUGUUGUGUUGCAUCGUGCUGCUGCCACGAUGGUCAGAGGCAAAGUCGCUGCUCAAUGCCAUCAAACCGGAAGAAUUGGUUGCACUGAGUAUAGAUGCGAAUCAGGCUAAUGGUUUUCUUUCACGCUCUCGGCGGAACGUGGACUCGCGCUGGCACCGGCACUAUCCUGACUUCCAGUCCUACUAUCGCUACUACAGCAGCAUCGGCCACACCGAGGGGCUGUAUGAGAUCGACCGGAUCCGAAUGCUGUAUCAGCAGAUGAGACAACUGGAACAGGUGUAUGGUCCUGACGCUGCCAACUUCCAGAACAAGCUCGGUGUUCCGGUGCUGCCCAGAUGUGACCCGUCCAAAGACAAAAACUGCAAACUGCCCCCUCCUCCCGCCUCUGUAAAAGGCCCUGCUCCUCCUCCUGUCCCUAAGCAAACCCCUGCCCCACCCCCUGCUCUUGUAAAAGGCCCCUCCCCCUUGGUUCCCUCCCAGGCUGAUGUUAUUUACCUGUGUAAUGCCAAAGAUCCUCUGUGUAAGCCUCAUAUUGUAUACCUGCCCUCUGGGGCAGUGCCUGUGCUCUGUGACCCCCGAUACCAUCCCAGCUGUAAGCUACAAGGCCCACCUCCUCCUCCACCUGCCUCGGUCAAAGGCCCUGCCCCUGCACCACCUCCCGCACCUGUAGUCCAUAAAGGAAUGGAGUAUGAUUGUGACCCCUACUGGGACCCCGACUGUCUCAUCGACAAACCUCCCCGCCCCAUGAAGGGUAAAGCCCUGCCCCCUGCACCUGAGUCUGAGCUGGAAGAGGAAGAAGAGGAGGAGGAGGAGGCACCAGCGCCACCUGCUCCCAUUGCUAAGAAACCCGUCUACCCAUACUACGCUUCUCCGUAUCCAUAUGACCACCACUCAGAGCUGUACAAUCCCGCUCGCUUUUCUUACCCUCCCUCCAACUCCAAAUAAAUAAACAUGUAAUCAGGAAGUAGUUAUGCCAGGGUUGUACUUGCUUUUAACUAUGUGUACACAAGAAGGAUGCUGCAUGUAUCCCGUGGUCAUUCAGUGCAUCGAUAGUGCACAUCCAAAAAAAAAAAAAAAAAAAAAAAAUCACAUAAACGACAAGGGCAGUAUGUGAAGCAACAUCAUGAACAUUGAGAAAUAUACUCUCCAGUGUCUCGCCAACUUUUAAUAAACUGAUAUUCCGUCUACGCUGGAGACGGUGCCGCUGUUUCAGCCAUUUUCUCAAGAUAGACUUUAAUAGACGGGGUCUCCUCAACUCCUGCCAUCUUCACUGUUUACAUUGUGCAAAAUCUGGUCGAAGAAGGUGUUGGUGUCGUACAUAUGUUUCGGCUUUGACCUGCCCCCUAGUGGACAGACCAUUUAAUCCUCCAGUCUGCGUAGCUGCCACAUAGUCACAUGUCAAGUAUAACCCCGGCCUUCGACCUUCACAAUGCAAACACAGUACUAAGAGCUCCUAAAUCGACACACAUACAUCAUUUGCCAUCAUUUUUCAUUUCCACUAAUUCUGACUCAACAUGUUUGUUUAGUGUGUAUGUCACACAUCCACGUGAAAAUAAACCUAAUUAAAAUACA